UGCAUUUGGAAAUAUCGUAAUCAAAAUAAACCAGCCGCCGCCCUCGUGCGGGCCUGCGCUUGCCUUGGCCUCGUCAAAAGCAAGGCCGCCCCACUCUAGGCUCACCUGAUUCCUUCCGCCUUGUCAGCGCAGCGAUCCAGACCCACCCGAGCCAACAACCCAUGGCCGCCGCGACGCCGCGUCUCCUGCUCGCGGUCGCGGGCCUCACCCUCGCCGUCCUCGCCGCCGCGGUCUCGCCGUCUCUGGCGGCGGGGCCGCCGGUGCUGCAGGACCCGGCGGAGCUCCUGCGCCUUGCCAAGGAGCCGGCCUUCGCGGACUGGAUGGUCGGGGUGCGGCGGCGGAUCCACGAGAACCCGGAGCUGGGAUACGAGGAGUUCCAGACCAGCGAGCUCGUGCGCCGGGAGCUCCACGCCAUGGGGAUCCCCUACAGGCACCCCUUCGCCGUCACCGGCGUGGUAGCAACAGUCGGCACCGGCGGUCCGCCCUUCGUUGCUCUGCGGGCGGACAUGGACGCGCUGCCCUUGCAGGAAAGUGUGGAGUGGGAACACAAGAGCAAAGUCCCUGGGAAGAUGCAUGGAUGUGGACAUGAUGCACAUGUUGCUAUGCUGUUGGGAUCUGCUAAGAUUCUUCAGGAGCAUCGUGAUGAGUUGAAGGGUACAGUAGUUCUUGUCUUCCAACCAGCUGAGGAAGGUGGCGGUGGGGCCAAGAAAAUGAUAGAAGACAGAGCUGUGGAAAACAUAGAUGCCAUUUUUGGGCUUCAUAUAGCUGACUCUGUGCCUAUUGGUGUGCUGGCAUCCAGGCCAGGGCCUAUUAUGGCUGGGAGUGGAUUCUUUGAGGCCGUAAUAAGUGGAAAGGGAGGACAUGCUGCACUUCCUCAUCACACUAUAGAUCCGAUAUUGGCUGCCUCAAAUGUUAUUGUGAGCCUUCAGCAACUUGUUUCUCGAGAAGCUGAUCCCUUGGACUCACAGGUUGUGACAGUUGGAAAGUUUCAAGGAGGUGGAGCCUUCAAUGUGAUCCCUGAUUCGGUAACUAUAGGUGGCACCUUCCGAGCCUUUCUGAAAGAGAGUUUUAAUCAAUUGAAGCAGCGGAUUGAAGAGGUGAUUGUGUCUCAAGCUAGCGUGCAGCGCUGCAGCGCUGCCGUGGACUUCCUCAGCAAGGACCGUCCUUUCUUCCCGCCGACCAUCAACAGCCCCGAGCUCCACGACUUCUUCGUGAACGUGGCCGGCGAGAUGGUCGGCUCGAGGAACGUGAGGGACAGGCAGCCGCUGAUGGGCGCCGAGGACUUCGCGUUCUACGCCGAGGCGGUCCCUUCCACCUACUACUACUUCGUGGGCAUGUACAACGAGACGCGCGGGCCGCAGGCGCCCCACCACUCCCCCUACUUCACCAUCAACGAAGACGCCCUUCCCUACGGCGCGGCCGGGCAGGCGGCGCUGGCAGCUCGCUACCUACUCGAGCGUCAGCAGCCUGCUGCCGCCACCGCUGAUAAGGCAGAAACCCAUGAUGAGCUGUAGAUAGUACAUGAUGUUUGCGUCCCUGUCCCUGUGUUGAUGGAAUUAGAUUGAGCAAUAAUUUCUUCGCCAAGUUUAUUCAGCGGCUGUACAUAUCCUGGUAUCUCCAUGCUUUGGUAAUGAUCGGUUGGGAUCAGUCAGCAAAUAGUCUGAGAAACAUGCUUUAGUCUGAGAAACAUGAUUCCAUCCCUUGAUCAACGUCGCAGUAACUAUCUUCUGCUGAUUCC